UGUCUUCCAAGAUCGUCCCUGAACGCAGCAUCACGUUAUUUACGUAAGUACGUCACAGCCCUGCCCAGCCCUUCUUCUGUCUGCGUGCUCUGCUUUCACAGUCAUCAUGGCGUCCCUAUCGAUGGCCCCGAUCAACAUCUUCAAAAAUGGAGCAGAUGAAGAGAAAGCUGAGACCGCACGACUGUCGUCCUUCAUCGGCGCCAUCGCCAUCGGAGAUCUGGUGAAGAGCACCUUGGGUCCUAAGGGGAUGGAUAAGAUCCUGCUGGGUGGAGGGAAACAGGGUUUAGUCACGGUGACCAACGACGGAGCGACGAUCCUGAAAUCCAUCGGCGUCGACAACCCCGCCGCUAAAGUCCUGGUUGACAUGUCUAAGGUUCAGGACGAUGAAGUUGGCGAUGGAACGACCUCCGUCACCGUUCUCGCUGCAGAGCUGCUGAGGGAAGCAGAGCUGCUGAUCGCUAAGAAGAUCCACCCUCAGACCAUCAUCGCCGGCUGGAGGAAAGCAACGCAGGUCGCCAGAGACGCUCUGAGGGAGGCGGCUGUUGACCAUAGGUCAGACUGAGCGAGAAACACUUUAUAAAUACAGAAAAUAUUCAACUUCCUCUGGUUUUAAACCACAUGGGGGCCGCGUUUGGAUUCUACAGCGCGGUUGAAGCGUGCCCGGCUCGUUUUUGGUUGCGUUUCCACUUGGCGUAGUUCCGGCUAGCGGGUACUAUUUCACAGUUUUU